AUGCUAUUCAAGAGCCUCCUCGUUGCACUCUCCGCCACUACGCUGGCCCUCGCCGGCAGCCCCGUGGAAAGCGGCAACUGGGUCGAGGACCACCCCAGCUUUAGCACGCAGCAGUGCGAGGGCGGCAACGUCAGCGGCGACACCUUCUCCAUCCCCAAGAGCCCCUCCGGCUCCGGCGGCGGAGCCGGCUGCUCCAACGGCCACCUCCGCGCCGAGCGCCGCUACAACGACGACUACUCCUCCGGCACCCACCAGUUCGGCGGCACCUUUCGCAUCAACUCCAUGUCCGGCAACCGCAUCUCCAUCAAGCAGACCUUCAACGGCAACUCGGGCCCGUACUUCAUCAUGGGCGUGGAGCAGGGGGGCCGCCUAUACAGCGUGGAGGGCGGCAAGACGAUCGCGGACGGCGUGGCUAAGGUGGGCGCGAGCGUGAGGAUUAACACGGUGCACAACGUCGACCUCAAGCGCUUCAGCGUCUAUGUCAACGGCAAGGAGAUGUUUCGCGAUAACAACGCGCCCGGGGGCAGCUUCUACGACAAGAUUGGAGCGUACACCACGAACAGUGGCAGCGGCGACCUGAGCAUUACAUGGUCUGAUGUUCAGUUGUGGCAUCGUCAGUGA